AUGCCAGUCCUCGAGCUUACCCAGCUCCGAUUGCUGAACGGCGUCGCCCCCAAGGACCCUUUGUUGCUCAAGGCCCUAUCAACUGUUCGCGAUGCGCUGCAAACGCAGUCACAGUUCUACAGCUGCAUCCAAGAUCCCGCCCUGAUCUAUAUUCUGGGACUCUGGCCAAAUUUGGACGCGCACCAUGAGUUCCUGGCCUCCCCUCGCGCGAAAGAGAUCCUGGGAUUGCAGGAGGACAUGCUCGGGUUCACUUGGACCGUCCACGUGGAGCUGGACGCCAUGACUUCGCUUCCGUUGGAGGCGCCGGUUAUGGGCAUCACGAGGCGGACCGUGAGGCAAGGACGCGAUGACGCGCACAUCAACGGCCUCGCGAAGGAGAGGCAGACUCUGCUUGAGAGCAGCCGUUACAAAGUCGCAAGUGGUGUGCGGAUCGAUGCUGCGCCAGGAAUUCACGAAGUUGUCACGUUCACCGGCUGGGAGAACACGCAAGCGCAUGAUGCCUUUACGACGAAGCUGGCCGAGGUUGGUGAUCCUGCCGCCACCGACAUUUACGAGACGGCCCAAGUCUACCUCGCAUGGAAUUUGGAGGGGAAAUAG